GCCCCCUCGUGGUCGUCUCUUAACGUGACAAAGCCGUGGUGGCUCGUGCUGCGUCCAGGACACCGGUAGCUGUCACGUGGGGAGGCCGCCGCGAGGGCAACAUCGAUCAAAAGAGCCGUAAUCAAUCAUUUCGAGGCGCUCGUUGUUAGAACCGCAACAGUGGUUUGGCUUUCGGCGACCGGCAGGCAAUGGCAGCGCCCGAGGAAACGAGUCCUCCCUGGAGAACAACGAUAAUAGUCAGCUCAUCACUCCAGAACCACGAUACACACAGGAUGCUCAGCUCGCAACAGCACCGAAUCCGAUUUUCAGACAGUGUUGAGUCCGGAGCCUUUAUUUUCCCUCUGUCAGGUACUGCAUUUCUGUUGGUUGAUCCUCAAGACCUCCCAGAGCGUUUGGAGGAAUCUGGACUCAUUGAGAGGAUAAAGAAGUUUACGCGAGUACACCGGAACAGCUUUCUACUUCUAUAUGCCCCCUUUAAUGGGAAAAGGGAAUUGGAGAUCUUGUCAGGGAUUCAAUGCAGAUUCUUUGGCAGCAAUCUCAGGAUUCUGCCCGUGCGAAACAAUGCUGAGAUAGUCAAAGGAAUGUUGACAAUUGCCAAGGCCACCAGUAAGCCUCACGUAGACAGUAUCCGCGACCGGAUGUCUCUGGCCCAGGCUCACAUCAUUGAAAGCAGCCGUGUGUGGGAGAUGCUAAGAGACAUACUAUAAUUCUCCUGAGGUGACCCAGCAUGUUCUCACAAACCAUUGUGUUGUUUUAUUUGAUGCUAACCAACCAAGUACAAGCUAUAGUCGGUGAACAUACAAACGAAAAGGUAAAAGAUGUGUUUCAGCACACCUUGUUCUGUUUUUACAUGUCUGACAAUAACUUUGGCAUAGAUAAGUUCACACCUUAUUGAAUUCAUGUUUUUUUAUUAGUCAUAAAAUAAAGCAGAGUUGAGAAAAAUAACCCAGUGGUCUUAAGUGAGACUUCCGCCCAAGCAGUCUCGGUUUAGUUUUGGAUCUUCAGUCUUUCCUCUGUGAUCUCUUCGAUACGGACUGUAAGACUCUCCAUCAGGUCAAAUGUCACCAAAGCACUCUGCAGCACCUGAGACACAUGAGAAUAGUCAUCUUUUCUGCAGGGGCCAAAAUCAAAAUGAUAAUUAAUAGGACAGAAAGUUUCUCUACCUGGUGCUGGACCUCUGGUGACAUAUUGGACACUUUUUCAUGUUUCACUGUUAUGCUUCUGACUAAUCUGUUGGAUCUAGCAGCAUCUCUGGUUUCUGGGGGAGGACGACAGAGAUUGUCCACGGUAUGAAAACUGUGACACUAUUGUCCCAUUAGCAAUUUGUGUAAGGUUAUUUCAAUGUCAUUUUGUCACAGAGAUUAGCAGAUAGUGCCUACCUUUUGCUUUUAGCUUUUGAUCCUCCCUCAGUGCCUUCAGUUCAGCGGAAUAAUAUGCUCUUGAUAUGCUGAUACACACACGCAGCAUUUUUAGGUAUUUGUCUUUGAUCCUGCCCAGCCCUUCCCAAACAUCUGUCUGAGGGAAAGAAGAGUAAAUCAUCAGCUUUCUACAUUAACCAGGCUAGCAAGCAGAAGAGAGCUGAAUGAGACUGACUUACAUUGCUCCACAAUUCUUUGUCUCUGAUAAGGAGAUAGCGCAGAAGAUUCAGACUCUCCAUUACCCUGGAUAAAUGAAGACAAAGCAUUGCUUAAUGGCUCAGUCUGGAUAAAGUCUCCCAGUUCUUAAAUUUUCAGACCUUUUUUUUUUUUUUUCUUUGGAUCUGUGCAGGAAAGCCAAAUUGUGACAAAGGUGAGAUUGGCUAGUAGCCACAGAGGUCUGUAACUUAAUAAGAUCUAAAGUUAAUUAUGUCACAUAAUCUAAUUUAAUCAAAUGUAGUUAAAUUGCAGUAAAGUUUUUCAUCUGUUUAACAUAUGCUAAAACAUACAUGAGAGAGACAGUAUAUCUAGAGCUUGUUUCUCUAUAUGUGGUUUGUGAUUUGACCAAAUAAAAGCCCCUAUGUGUGGAAUCUGAAAAAUUUCUGACUUUGAUAAUCAGACCAUCACUAAGGGAUUUCUCCUAGACUGCAUCAGCUCCAGUUUUGGAGAGAGAUUUGUCACUGUAAAAUAUUUGUCCUCUGUAGUUACUGAAUUAUGCAUAGAGUAGACUCAAAAGUUACAAGUGAGCAGGCCUGUUUGUAAAUUAAACUCUUGUUCAUGUUUAGUCACCUGUCCAUACUGCUGAGCAGAUCUGUCUCAGCACCUUGAGGCAAAUGCAGCACUAGUCCCAACAAUGAGAGAAACUCCUCUCCCAGGAACCAUUUAUUGGCAUUCCCAGGCUAGAAAAGAGGCACCAUAGACGUGUCUCAGAUUAAAUCAUCAGAUUAAACAAUGACUAAACCAUCAAGACUCAAAGGCAAGACCUUAAUCUCACCUGCAUGGAAAAUUCUACUUGAUUCUUGAUGUUCUUUACUAUAUAACUUUCUACCCCUGCAUGGUUGCUGGCUUUUAACAUGCACCUGCAAAAGAAAAUGGUAGUUAAUAAAGUUCAGUUACUUUUUCAGUAUAAGAAACAAUAUAGCAACAACAAAUACUAAGAGAAGAAGUAUUGAACAAAAUCUAUAGUUUUAGAGUUUUAUUGGGUGGAAAACAGGAACACCAUACUAAU